AUGGAAGACAUCGAGCAAUGGAGCACAUUUAAUGGGAUGGUGAUUAAUGGCGAGAAAUCAAAAUCUAUGGUGAUUUGUACAUAUCAAAAAUCUACGAAAAUUGGCUCUUCUGAACUCCAUAUCAAUUACAACAAUACUGUCCUUGAAAAUGUUAAAUCAAAAAGAUUGCUGGGUGUGAUUGUUGAUAAUCAUCUCUGUUGGAAAGCCCAUAUCAAUGAUCUAGCUUCUAAUCUGA